CACAUAUUUAUGUAAUUUGCUAAGCCAGGCGAAUUGAGUUUGAAUUUGCGCAAUCACGCGCAGGCACCUACUGAAUGCGUUCAUAUGCCACCGCACCACAGAGCUCAAAUGCUGUUAUUCCGGCUACCUUCAGCUUCAGUGCCUAAUGUCAGAGCCACUGCUAUCUCAUGGCGUCUCCCACCUAGUCAGUUCCUCUUUACAUUGAAAAGAUCAAUCUCUCUAUACCCUAACCUCUGCGUCGGUCCCUUAUGUUCCAGCUCAAUUUCCACAGAAUUCACCGACUCAGUUCGCGAAGAAUCUUCGAAGCGUGGUCCUCUUAAGCCUGGGCUGUAUCUAGUCGGAACACCUAUCGGGAAUCUUGAAGAUAUCACCUUACGUGCACUUCGCGUUUUAAGAUCGGCUGAUGUGAUACUUUCAGAGGACACUAGGCAUUCUGGGAAGUUACUUCAACAUUAUAAUAUUAGAGCUCCCCUCCUGAGUUAUCAUAAAUUCAACGAGGCUCAAAGAGAACAAACGGUGUUAAAGAGGUUGCGACAAGGGGAGGUUGUGGCACUGAUUAGUGAUGCAGGGACACCAGGCAUUAGUGAUCCAGGUUCAGAAUUGGCGAAAUUAUGUGUGGAUGAGAAUAUUCCUGUUAUUCCUAUUCCCGGGCCAUCUGCUGUUGUAGCUGCUGUUUCUGCCUCGGGUUUGGCAACUGAUGAGUUCACAUUUGUUGGAUUUCUCCCUAAACAUACUGGAUCACGUAGGGAUAGGCUGAUUGUUUCUGCCAAAGAGACAAGGACACAAAUAUUCUAUGUUCCACCGCACAAACUCUGUCAGCUGCUUGAAGAAACUUCGUCACUCUUUGGUGACUCGAGACGAUGUGUCAUUGCUCGAGAAAUAACAAAACUGCAUGAAGAGUUUUGGAGGGGUACUCUGGGGGAAGCCAAAGAAGCAUUUGCAGCUCACCAACCAAAGGGAGAAAUUACACUUUUGAUUGACGGAAAUAAAAGCUCUAUGGUUGAAACUCCGACAGAGGCUGAGCUUGAAAAUGAAUUAAGAGAACUGAUCUCCCAGGGUUAUAGUCUCUCUAAGGCUGUCAAACUGGUGGCUGAAGGAACAUCGGCGAAAAGGAAAACAAUUUAUUCACUUGCAUUAAGGAAAUUCGGGAAGCAAGUUGAGACAGAACAUGAUUGUGAUCGACGCUAAUCAUACUGCAAGUUUACAAGUUUCUGUUGCUUGUACUACCAUGUUUGUUAAAAUGGAUAAGUUUGAAAGUUUCUACAGGUCACCAGUUUUGUGUAUUGCUAUGCCCUUUUUGUAACCACUAAUAAAUUGUUUGGUUGGGCAGACAAAUUGUCCCAAUCUAAUCAGAUCCUUCUCAAUUCAUUAUUGGAAAGACUGUUUGGAAUCU